AGAUUUCGAGCUGCGUUAGUAAAAGACGUAAUUCAUGGUAUUUUACAAGAGGAAUUAUCAGGCAAAAAUUAUGAUGCCCAAGAAGCUAUAUCAUGGACGAAAGUUAUCACAGAUACUAUUAAACUAAGGCUGAAAGAAUUAAAUUUCGAUCGUUAUAAAAUUAUUGUGCAAGUUCUUAUAGGAGAACAACGUGGUCAAGGAGUACAAAUGGGUUGUCGUUGUUUCUGGGAUUCGGACACGGACAACUACGCACAAGAUAUAUUCAUAAACGAGAGUUUCUUUUGCAUAGCAGCCGCAUAUGGUAUAUUUACGUACUAG